GGGGGAUGGGGGAGGGUUGUGUGGCAGAAGGGGAGGUGUACAUAAUAUAUAUGUAGCAAGUGGGCAAGUAGUCGUAGUUUGGUGCCUACUCCCUCUCCAGUUGCACAGUUAGUCUCUCUUCCUGUCACACACUACGUCACUAAUUGGGGAAUGGAAUACGAUUGAUUAGGCUACCUGACGUAUUACCCACAGGCUAUGUAUAGACACCUGGGGUCCUAAAGCCGGUAGCUUGUUGUCAACACCACUGGUUCUAGGGCUGUGUAGCAGAGUCACGGGUGCUGCGUGAAAGCAACAGGAGGGCGAGCCGCUGUAUGUUGAUGUGCAUGUGGGAGAAUGACGCCGUGUUGUUGUGCGUAACAAGUGUCUGCUGGGCACUGUUACCGUAGCAGUGAGGGGAGUUGUUCUCAGGAAGCCAUCAGCUACAGUGUUCGUAGCCUUGUUGAAAAGUGAUAGACCCUCGCAGCUACACAGGGAUGCUAGUUGCUGUUCUCUUUUAAUGUGUGUUUGAUGCAUUGGUGCCGCUUAUAGUUUGUUUACUUUUCUUUUUUUUGUUCCUCUAGCCUAUCGGCCUAAGUAGCUUGUGUAGGUACCACCUAUUUAAUGUGAGCCGCAGGCUAGAGUGGAUUUAUUUUGUUUGUUAUUUUUCUUGUUUACUGUACUUCCAGUUUGUGUGUCUCCCUCCCCCCUCCACAGCUAAUAGCCUCGGUGCUUAUAAGGCCCAUUAGUACCUGACCUUGGAUAGCCGGUCUCUGUAGUUUUUCUCACUCUAGUAGCCUACAGAGAUUGCAGUGUGCAUGUAGUUUGAACUCUUAAUUGCCGUGUCACAUAUCACAGAGUGUCUUGGAUAUUGUAGUGCAUUUUCCCUGAAUCUAAACACGUGUUAUUUAGUGUGCACAAGACCACGUGUGUUAGAGACCUGGCCUGACAUCAGUUCUCCUAGUGGCCCAUUACCGAGGUUCCCCAGUCCCCCCAUUGUGUCUAUGUAUUUUUUUUGUAUUAUAUCUGGUGACCAACCAACGCUACUCGUGUCUACUAUUUAUUAAUAAAGACUAUUUUUAUACUUUCACCAAAAACUGGCAAUAGUGUUAUUGAGUUCCCCUUGCUCUGACAUAAUUUAGCCCACUUCAAGGGGUGGCGUAGUCAACAGUACCCGAGAGGGCGCUACAUUUUGGCGUAGUUCGGCAGGACGGCCUUCUAUGAACGUGUUGGUUGGUUGGUCCCAUUUGUUUUGCGGCACCUUGUGUAAAAGUGUGUGGUCGUGGUGUGUGUGAGUGUAUAGAGAACAGCGACUGGCAAUAUGUUCGAACAGGAGAGAGACGGAACGACUUCGGAGCUGCAGCAACUGCGAGAACGGAUUACUCAGCUUCAAGCUGAAAAUGAGAGACUGUCUAGUGCACCAGGUGAUGGAGCUGGCCGAAGUGGCAGCACAAGCAGGAAUGCUGCACAGCCAGUCCAAAGAGAGCAGGCAUUCUACCUGCCCCGUGAGAGACGAUGCCCUAAAUUCUCAGGUUCUGCAGUAGCAGGGUCGUUAUCUGUGGACGAGUGGGUCGAGGAGGCCGAAAGCUGCAUUAGGUCAAGGUACAUGCCUGAUGUAGAGAAAGCAAUGUUUUUAUAUGACCAUCUCGAAGGUGAAGCCAAAAAUGAAAUCAAGUAUCGUCCCGUAGCUAUCAGGGAAAACCCUGUUGAAAUCAUUACAAUUUUAAAAGAGGUAUAUGGUUGUAGUAAGUCUUAUGUAUACUGGCAACAACGUUUUUUUGACAGAAAACAGAGGGAAAGUGAAUCUUUAUUUGAGUUUUCGCAUGUACUUAUGGAACUCAUGGAGAAGGUUAAGCAGUCCAACAAGGAUGCAAUCACUAAUCCCGACACAGUGCUCAGGGACCAGUUUUGUGAAAAUGUCCAUGAUCACAUGUUAAGAAGGGAACUCAAGCGGGCAGUGCGGGCUAGUGAGAGUACAACGUUGUUAGAUGUACGUCGUGAGGCAACCAGGUGGGUGGAGGAGGGUCAGAAGGGUCGUGAGCGUAGUCUUCGUCCUCCAGGGCGGGCCAACGAGACACCCUAUACAAGUCAGUGUGAGUCUACUGUUGCUCAAUCUUCCCAGAACACUUUUGUACAAUCCUCUGAGAUGGCCGAGCUUAAGGAUAUCGUCUUAAGACAGCAAGCCCAACUAGACCUAUUAGUCAAGCAUCUAAGCCAACCUACCAGCAGGCCCUAUGCCGCCCAACCCCCUAGGGAAGGCCAUUUUAAGCGUACUCCUGAUGGGCAGCCUAUCUGCAUUCGGUGUGACCAGCCCGGACAUAUAGCCCGGUAUUGUCAGUCUGCUCCCCCUCCCCAUAAUAGUAGACCUGUCUCCCAUACGCUACAUGAUAAUUCCACCUAUCAGUCAGUGCCUCAUGUCAGCAGUUCCAAUAGCCAGGCGGGAAACUAAAGACCCCCAGUGUGCAGAGCCACACACUGGGAGGGGAGGUAUCUGGCUCUGGUUGCUCUUCGCUUGACCAGUUAGUGGGGAAUUGCCCCAUUUUAGAUGUAGUUAUGGGAGGUGUGAUAGUACCAUGUUUGAUCGACACUGGCUCGAUGGUUACGACUGUAACAGAGAGCUUUUUCAGUAAACAUUUGUUUCACUUACAGAGGAAGGAUUGCAAAUGGCUGGUCCUUAAAGCAGCCAACGGAUUAGACAUACCUUACACAGGCUACAUUGAGUUGGAUGUGAGGGUAUUGGGACAGUGUAUCCCAGGGAGGGGGAUCUUGAUUGUCAGGGACCCCUCAGAUGCGACCGUUCACAACCGUAAGGCUGC